AUGGCCUUCGUCGCGGCGGUGAUGCGGUGGUUCCUUGCUCGCUGCGGGACGGCGCUGUCUCUGCUGCGCGUGAUGAGGUUGGUGCUCUGCAUCGUCGUGGCGGUCCUGGCGGUGCGGCUGCGCCUUCUGCGGCCCCUCAUCACAUCGCUGGGCCACGUCCCGUGCCUGGACCUCGUGGUCGCCCGUUCUCUGGAUUGGUUGCCGUGCGAGCUGGAGUUCUGCCUUGCGAUGGUGAUCUUCGCCGCAGUGGUCUCGGACGUGGUGAUGGGCCUUCUCUCCGCCCCAUUCCUGGGCCUCGCGGGCGCGUGUUCUCGGGCACGUCUGCUGAUGGGCCUGGCGCUCAUGCUCGUGGUCUUCGUCGCGGAGGCGCUGCUGUGGAUUCCUGUUCGCUUCGGGACGGCACUGGAGCAGACGAUCAACCCGCAUCCUCACUCUUCGACUUCGCCGCCCUGGAAAGGGCUUGGGAGGCGGCUGCGAACGAGAUCAUCGGGCUCAUAG